CCGAAAUUUCAUCGGCAAAGUGACAAGAGUCCGAUUCCGCAGGAGCUUCAAUGGCGGAAUCUUCGAAUCUCAUGUUGCAAGCCAGAGAAAUCCUCGCGACACCAAACCACGACGGACUCGUGAACGUUCUCGAUCGACUCACCAUGCGUCAAGAAACGGCGAUUGCUCUGUACGACUUCUGCGUCGCAAAUUUCGCGAAUUGCUUGACCCUAAAGCUUCUUCAGGUGUAUCGAUCUUCUUCCAAUGCCAUCGCUAGAUUCCAAUCGAUCUGUCUCCUCUCCGAAACUUUCGCCGAACUUAGAAACUGCAGAUUCAAACUCAAUCUCGUCGCGCUUCAAGAGAUCAAGCCCCUCUUGAUUUCAUGCUUGACAAUGCAAGAAACCCAAGUAUCUGACAUCGUUACCCUGAGAGUAAUCGUGUCUUUUGUAGCUGACAACGUUUUGAACUUAGAUAAUGGCGGAUGGGACGAGCUCAGCGAUUGUAUCCUCGAGCUUGCGAAUAGCGAGCCUAUAAAGGCUUUUCUCGUCUUCAACGAUUUGCCUCCAGUCUACGGGAGAUUCAUCUCCAGGUUUGUGAAGAAGAUCUUGGAGGAAGCAGAGAAGGUGUUGGAUAAUCUUGAGGAAGAUAACGUCGACGAUUGGAGUUUGGGUUUGGUAACUGUUGUGAAAAUGGGGAUUCAGCUUUUGGAAUUAGAGGUGGGAUCCGAGCUGAUAAAGAAUUUUCUUGAUGUUCUUGUGAAUUCAGCAACUGGUCUUGUGGAGAUUGGAAUGGAACAGUUUCUGCUACAAGCGCUUGAAUAUCUCGAGAGGUUCCUUUCACGAGACAUGAACUUGUAUCAUUACAGUGACAAGCAAUGCCAGUUUGUGUUGAACUUCAUGUUCAGGAUCAGUAAACUCGGGACACACACCAAGGAGGCUGCAAUGAAGAUCAGUGGGAUGGCUCAGUCUAGCCACAAUCAAGCCAUCAAAUUCAUGCAGCCACAGGAAAAGCCACUAGAACGUGAAUGGUCUGAUCAUUUGAAUACCUUAUCGCCGGCUAAAAUCUUGAGGAUCUUUGCGUCGAAUGUUGUUGCAGAGGGGUACAGAGAUAUGGCAAUCAGACGGCUUAACGUCUUGCUCGCAGAUCACACUUCGGGGAAGGUGAAGAUAGACGUUUCUGUGAUGAGAGAGCUCCAGCCAUUGCUCAUCUCUUGGCUUAAGGAAGACGGAGUCUCAGACAGCAUGUUCAAAGUCCUUGGUGAAGUGGUGUACCAUGUUGCAAAUGAGAUAUUAAGCUGCCAAGAGGACAAAUGGUACGAACUACGAGACUAUAUUGUAUCGAAAAGCAAAACAGAGUUCCAGAGAGCGGUUUAUAUCUUCCAGUGCUUGACAAUGUCGCUCGAGAAUGAACAUUUUGUGAUUCCUGUGAUGAAGAGUCUUCUCCCAGAGAUAAGCACGAGGUUAAACCCACCAAGAGAGUUGUUGGUAGAUAACAGUUACUGGGUCUUGACGUUUGUUGGUGCCUUCUGUGCAGCAAUUCACGUGGUAGAUAUCAAAAGCUACGCAGAAUCCGUUAAGGUGAUUGAAGAUAAGAUGAUAGAUUCGGUGAGAGAGCUCGUGGAAAGAGGAAUGGAAGUUGGACUCGUGAGGAGAGCUUUCAGAGAUGUUGAAAGCAUUGUGAAGAAACAAAAGGAAUGGUUUGGUAAGAGUCAAUACAAAUUCGUCAAGGGUCUGCUCAGGAGACUGUGUGAGAUCGAAGGCAUGAAAAUGGAGAGCAGGAUGGUGUUAUGGAGAAUCAACGUGUUUGUGGAGAGAGGAGUGGCUAAGCUGGCUAAAGAGCUCCCAGAGAGAGUGAAGUGAACCAAACAUAGGCUGCUUAAGGGUUUGUAUAGUCUCAUGCAGAGUAUAGUUUUUACUUUUUAUUAAGAAACGAUCAAUAUGAGAAAAUGAAUGUUCCCGCAUUCUACGUUUCUCUAUCCAGAUUUCUAAAUCUGAUUGAACUCAA